AUGUCUAGAGCAGAGUUGUUAGAACCUAAGAAUCGUAAUAAGGAUAAUAUUUUAUCUUGGAGCAGUGAUUUCACUGUGGCUAGUUCUAUUGUGAAGAGGGCAAGUAAAGCUCUCUGGCUUAUAGUCUGCUCAGAUAAAGAUCUCCCCAUUUUUAAAGACAAGAGAUCGAUUGCUGCAUUUCGGCGUGGAAGCAACUUAAGAGACCGCUUAGUAGAUACGGAUAUAUCAGGGCAUAAUAUUCCUAAAGCCCCAAAUACAUAUACUAAACCAGCUGGUUGCUACUCAUGUAGUGAUUGCACUACAUGUAAAUUCAUUAUUCCAUGCUACAGGAAAAAAUAUACAGAGAACAUCAGAGAGAAAUAUGUAGUUAUUCAUGACCAUAAUGCAAGGCUAGGGGAACAUAUCAAACUGGAGAAACGAUACGUAACACUUUCACUGAUCACUAAUUAUCAGAAAGAAGUGGAGAGACAACAUGAGAUAACAGCUUCAGGCCAGAGGCAUCUACAGAUUAUGGAAGACAGAUCAUCAAAGGAGUAUUCCCCAACCACUAUACAGGCUCUGUUUGACCCUGAUGCUGGUGGAAUUAUUCCCAAGACUGUGGUGUUACAGGGACCUGCUGGGAUAGGAAAGACUGUGACCUCCCAGAAGAUCAUGCUGGACUGGGCCUCUGGGAAUCUGUAUAAGGACAAGUUUCAGUUUGUGUUCUAUAUAAGCUGUAGAGAAGUCAACACCAUCACUGGUAAUAUAAGCCUGGCUGGGUAUUUAUCCAGCAUUUGUGGCCUGACCUGUCCACAUGAUCUGUUGCAGACAAUCUCCCAUCACUCUGAAGAGAUACUUUUCAUUGUUGAUGGUUUUGAUGAAUUGAAAUGGUCACCAAUGAGUGAUAGAGAGGUUUGUGAUGACCCGUUUCAGGAGGUCUCCAAAGAAAUCCUUCUAAAUAGUUUAUUAAGAAAAAAAAUUCUCAGGAGCAGCUCCCUAAUCAUCACCACACGGCCAUUGUCAUUAAUGGCGUUGAAGGACUUUGCAACAUAUAUUCGAUAUGUGGAAAUUCUGGGGUUUACUGGGAAUCAGCGUGAUGAAUAUUUCUGUCAUUUCUUUGAAACCAAAGAACAAGCAGACCUGGCUCUCAGUGCAAUAAAGAACAAUGAUACUCUGUUUACCAUGUGUGUAGUCCCUAUAAUUUGCUGGAUUGUUUGUACUGUUAUGAGACUGCAACUAAAGCUGGGAUUACCUGUGAUUGAUUGCAAGACAUCCACAUCCAUCUACCUGUUUUACCUAAAGACUUUAAUACUGUAUCAUGUAAGGGGCUCUGCCCAGUCUAUAAGCACAUGUAUACAGAAGCUGUGUGCUUUGGCCAUUGAUGGAGUUUGGGAUCAGAGAAUUCUAUUUGAAGAAUCAGAUCUUGUAAGACAUGGGCUCUCUGUGUCAGAGCUGGAGUCUGUGUUUCUGAAUGAGAACAUCUUCCACAGGGAUGUUGAGAUCCGCACCUGCUACAGCUUCAUCCAUCUGAGUGUGCAGGAGUUCUUUGCUGCUCUCUACUAUAUCCUGGAUGUGAAACAUGUAAAAAAACAUUUUAUCAACUUAAAAAACAAGAAGGUAAAACAUUUACUGAAGAAAUCAAGCCAUCAGCCACAUCUAACAUUAACUGUACGAUUCUUGUACGGUCUUUCAAGAAACAAACAUUUUCACGAGACUCAGAAAGCCAUUGGUUGUCCCAUUUCCUUCAGCGGAAAACCUAUUUUACAUGAAUGGCUAAAGAAAGAGUCAUGGAACUGCCAUAACCAAAUACUUUGCUGCUUGUACGAGACACAGGAUAAGGACUAUGUGGAGAGAAUGAUGUCUCGCUUUCCCAUUAUGCAAAUUGAUGGUCUUUUAGAUGCAAAAGAGAGCACUGAUUACCAAGCUAUAGCCUACUGCUUGGAGAGAAGUACAAUACAACAUGAUGUUACUUUUAAUUUCCACACAAUAGGACCAAAGGCUCGGAGUGUUCUAUCUAAAGCACUUUCUACAUGUUUACAGCUUCAGUAA